AUGUCUGUUGCAGCCCAGCUCAUCCGUCCGACAAUCCGCCACUUUUCCGUUCGUCGUCCCCGUCCGGAUACGCGGGCCUCUCGAUUCGUCGCCAUGUCCUGCUUGGUCUCCGCCGUCGUGGUGCCUUUCAUCCCGCCUGCUCUCGAGAGCUCCCGCGAGAAGCACCUGGGGUAUCCCAACCAUAACAAGCCUCAUCCCCCACUCUGCUUCCAUGCCCGCUAG